ACCGUUGUUCCUUGUUCUCUGUCUUUCGAGUUUUAGACACCGAAAGACGAAAGAGAUGGAACCACCGGCCACCGCCUCCUACCGCUCCUCCAGACGGCUCCUCUUUGACCGCCGUUACGGCUGGGUGGUCGACGACUGGAAGGACCCAUCGGAAGAAGCUCUCGCCGGCGGCCGAGGAAUGUUUUGUGUAGUUCCCUUGACGAAAACUCUGUUUCAGACAGCUUCACAAUCAAUUAGCUCGGCUGUAAAUUUUCUGGAUAUGAAGCUUCAAAAAUUGUCAAAUCCUAUGCACAACCCAAAAUCUAGUAUCGUAGACACUACUAGUGCAGACUCAAGGUCAGAAUGAGAUGUGUUGGAUUGACAUGUACUUGUGUUUAUUGUUGGGAUUAUACGGCUAGAUCUCAUCUAUGUACUUUGUUGAAAGUCUUUUUUUUUGCUUGUGUUCGUCACAAGACAGCCAAGGAAGACAUUGUGAGAUUAUAUGAAUAUUCUUUCCCUUGUGAAUCCUAUAGUUUUGUGUGUAAUGAUUUAGAAGCAUAUGUAUAAUCUAAUAUCUUUAUCUA